AGAGGUCAUGGGUCAUGUACACAUAGAAACGCCCACUCUCUCUCUCUCUCCUUCUCCUGUUUCACCUCCCUUUUUCCACACCCAUUAAUUAGAUUCCUUCGCCAUUGAAUUAUAUGGGAUUCCCAGCUCUCAAUACCCAUCUCAAUCUCUUCACUCAUCCUUGACUUUCCUCAAAGAAAUUUUUUUUUUUUCUGGGUUGCUUUCUGGGUUUGAUUUUAAUUUUACACCCAAUACAUAAAAGAACUUUCAGGACUCUCUCUCUCUCUCGGCUUCCUCACUCUUCUGCAAAUUUUUUGUUUCCCCGUCUGGUUGUAUGUUCUUGCUUUGUCCCAUCCUGAAUUGCUCGAGCUGUAUAUGCGUUACGAGGCUUGAGGAGGGAUUAUAUCAGUUUUUUUUUUUUUUUGUGGGUCUUUUCCGAUUUUUCUGUCAAUAUAUUGGUCUUGCUACUGGUUUUCUCCGAGUUCUCUUUGAAAUUUUAAUUUUCUUCUCGAUUAAGAUAGAGAGAGAUGGUUAAGCAGGGGCCUUGCUAUCACUGUGGAGUUACGAGCACACCUCUUUGGCGAAAUGGACCUCCGGAGAAGCCAGUUCUGUGUAAUGCAUGUGGUUCUCGAUGGAGGACAAAAGGGACACUAGCCAAUUAUGCCCCUCUCCAUUCUCGAGCCGAUUCCGAAAACUAUGAAGACCACAGAGUUGCCAGAACAAAGGGCGUGUCCAUGAACAAAAAGGAAGUGAAGGUGCUUAAGCGAAAGUAUUAUGGUGAAAAUAUGACUGUAGGAGGAAAUUCACAUGAAUAUAGUCAGAAUUUCCAUAAGUUUGCAGAUGACGAUACUAGUAACUGGUCUAGUUCUGGAUCGGCUCUUUCAAACUCGGAAAGCUGUGCACCGUUUGGCAGUGCAGAUGCCAGUGAUUUGACAGGUCCAGCUCAAUCGGUUGUAUGGGAUUCGUUGGUGCCUUCCAGGAAGAGGACGUGUGUGAAUCGUUCAAAGCCUUCUGCAGUCGAGAAGCUCACUAGAGAUCUACACACUAUAUUACAUGAACAACAGUCUUCAUGUUUAUCUGGAUCCUCUGAAGAGGAUUUGCUUUUAGAGAGUGAAACUCCAAUGGUAUCUGUUGAGAUUGGACAUGGAUCGGUCCUCAUCAGACAUCCAAGUUCAAUAGCUCGAGAAGAAGAAUCCGAAGCUAGCUCUCUUUCAGUUGAUAACAAGCAGUUGAAACAAAAUGGUGUACAUUAUCAUCCUCUGACCAUUCCUGUACAUAAGAAAUGUGUAAAUCUUCUUAGUUCAAAAGCACAGACUUUAGAGAGUCCUUUUGCGCAAGGGAAGGAACAAGGGCAGCUUAAGAGGGACAAGUCCCAGCAUGAAAAGCUGCACAUGUUAGGAACUAGAAGUUCUCCACUACUUUCUAUUGAGCUUAGAGAUGUGUUAAACUUUGAUCAGUUUGUCAAAUAUUUGACUUAUGAAGAGCAACAACAGCUAUUGAAGUAUCUGCCUCAGGUUGAUAGAGCAAACUUUCCAGAUAGCCUCAGAAGCAUGUUUGAUGGUGCUGCAUUCCUUGAGAACCUAUCUUCUUUCCAGCAUCUUCUUACUGAAGGGGUCUUUGACAUCUCAUCAUCUGUGGCAAAAGAUGAAGACUACAGGACUCUAAGGAAGCUUGUGCUGGCCAAAACGAUGAAGUGCAAAUGGGUCGAACAUUAUCACCAAGUCAAGAAACUUAAGAGCGGUUCUGGAAGCCCUGGCUCUCAAGGAGGUCGUGAGACUGUAUCUAGUAAUUUAAUCAAAGGCAAGGGAUUACAUGACAUUCAGAAACAGAAGUAUACAGAGGUAAAUGCAAAAAUAAAGAGCCCAAGAAGAUUAAUCAUGGGAGGAAGCUCCAAAAACAAGGAAAUCGCAGAGAGUGAUGGAUCUUGCUUCAGUCCAAGAAGCCUAUUCGCAGUGCCUCCUGAUGGUGGUGCUCUUUUGCUGGAUUCUUUACAUGCCGCUGAUGACAACUCUGAGCAGGAUCUGCUGCUCGAUGUGCCAUCGAACGGCUCAUUCCCACAAGCAGAGCUCCUCCAUCCGGCUAUGAGCUUUGUCUCCCAGCAGGCAAGCACUAGCAGAAGCUCACAGUACCCUCAGCUUGUUCAUCCCUGAUAAUGUGGCAUCACCGAAGCAUUAGGGCCUUAUACAGAUACCCCUUUGGCUAGAGUGGCUUCUUCGGUUGUGCUCGUGGAACAGAAGGAUAAAUCUUUACAUGAGGUUUUAUGGUAUUUUUUCAUGACCGUCUCCUUUCAACUCGGUAUAUUGAGGGGAUGAACAGGGGUGGACUUUUGUAUAGGAAUGAUAAUAGGUGGGAGCGUAUACAUCGGGAUGCAAAUGUUGAUGACUGUUAAUUCCUGGAUAUCUUUUAUCAGCCUCGGUAACUCCAUGGCACAGUUUUUCAGUUAU